AAAUCUAAAGAAGAUUAAGUUAACGGCCAUUCAUAAGAGGAUGUUCGCGAGAUUGACUUCCUUAACAGAUCUUUUCGACAGACAAAUGUGCACGAGUUUUCGAGAAAGUUACGUGCGCCAUUCUUCUUCGUCUUGAUCGCUAUGGUGCAUGCGUGGUUUGUCCUCGAGGUUACGACUGUGUAAACGGCACAGUGACUCUAAGCAGUGGAUUUUAUUGGAGGUGGUCAGAUGAUCAUACCAAACAAAUGUACACUGCAUUCAAAGACAAUCUACAGAUAACUGAUGAUUCCUUCAACUCGAGUUUAACAAAAUGCUCGACUUUGUUACCUGCUUCGUACGCGGGCCAGUUGCAGAAUCGUACUUGGGAAGCCUGGAUUCUACUUGUUCCCAGGGCUAUGAAGGUCCUCUCUGUGGCGUGUGCGCUCAAGGGUAUUUUAAAUUGUUCACCAAAUGCCAAAGAUGCCCAUCUCUGCUUUGGAUUGCUGUUCAAUUGGUCAUCGUAUUUGCCCUUGUUUCCCUUGUGGCAUUUCUUACUUUAAGAGACAGAAAGAAAGAACACGCUCAGAGAUAUGUGGCAGAUAUUCUGUUAGCAAGGCUCAAAAUAGUUGUCAGCUUCUAUCAAGUAACGUCUGGAACAUUGAACGCAUUCUCAUACGUCAAGUAGCCUGAAUCGGUGAUAACUGUCGGCAACUACGCGGGGAUGUUACAACUUAACCUUUUUUCAAAUCGUUCCCAUCCACUGCCUUAACAGCGCAAUGAAAAUCGACUCUUAUACCACUUUGCUUAUGUUGGUCGCCCUCAGCUUUGCCUCGGUAGCAAUUCCAGUAGCUUACUAUCAGGGAAAAAGGUUUCUUCAGUAUCGAAGUGGUAAGAUGUCGGUUCGCAAACAGCGUCGUGCCAUAGAUCUAACAAAGGAACGUUGCUACCGAACUGCAUUCCUACUGCUCUUCAUUACAUACCCAGCAACUUGUGCCCAUAUCUUCACCAUGCUGCCUCAGGCGUGCCAAGAGAUUUGCAGCGAGAACAAAAGCAGUGGAUGCGAGGCCUUUUUGAAAGCGGUUCUUUCCGUCAAGUGCCAUGAUGACGAGUAUAAUCGGUUUGUUGGAUUUUCAUACGUUCUCGCGGUGUACCCAGCCGCAUUUCCACUCGUCACUCUCCUUAUCCUAUGGAAAUGUCUCUCCAAGUCAAGAAAAGGUAACAGUGAAAAAGAACCAGAUCCAUUAGCCAGAGGACUUCGAUUCUUCUAUGAAAACUAUUCGGACAACUGUUGGUUCUGGGAGAUUGUUGAAUUGGCCCGCAAGGUAUUACUCACCUCAGCGCUUUUACUGACAGACGCACAGAGUCGUACCUACAUUGGUUCCGCGGCAAUCAUCUCUGGCCUUUACACAGUGUUGUUUGCCUGCUACAAACCAAUAACGGACUCCUUUGAGCAUUGGCUUCAACUGAUCUCCCUCAUGGCAAGCUCUGUUAAUUUCUCGGUGGGCAUGUUGCUCAAGAUUCCAAACGAGGCUAUCUCCUCAGCAGCUAAUAAAGAAGUAGACUAUGUAAUGCUCAGCGUUCUGCUCGUGGCAGCCAACACACUAGUUAUCGCCGUAACAGCAGUGCAGUACUUUGUGACCCUUGGUCGAAAGUUCUGGACGCUGCGUCGAAAUCCUCACUGCAGUGCAGACUGCUGUCUGUCGCUUGUACUAACACUGCAGGAGGUGGGAGAUGUGGCUACGUCUUCUCAACAACCACAACUCCAACAAGAAACCUUCAGCGAGGAUUUGAAUGCUUCGGGAUUGGUAACGGCUGCUGCUGAAAGAGAGGAAGUAACGGACAAACCCGCAGCACAGGAUGAUGACGCUAAAGGUGGUCACGCCAGGCGGAAAGUGAAAUAAAUGAAACGGAAAAUAUAUUACCCAAAGAUCAUGCUGAAUAACCACAUACAACUAACAAACGCUUACCGCUUGUAGACAUUAUAUUAAAGAAUAGCUGAUGGAUAUAGACUGAAGCAGUCUCUUCUCAGAUCCUGUGUGAGAGAGGACUGGAGACCGACCGGAGAAGGAAUUUUAUUACAUGUACAUUUACUCCUUCCGUCCACGAUUUUGUCCGCUCCAUUUUUCCAACAUUCUUGCGCUUGAGGACAACUAAGGAAAACGAGACUUUUCGCAGACUUUGCACUGAUCUAUUAAAGAGCCUCUUUCCUUUAAUUUUCAUCUUGUGAUAAGAUAUAAUUUGAUUUUCCACAAUCUCAUGCAUGUACUUUUGUAACGGUUUACGAUCGCUUGUUUAGUAGUCGUUUAGACUUUCUUUGCACUAACGGAAUUGGUUGUCGGUCUCCAUGUACAGCUGUGGGUGAGUUUAAAAGCAUUAAAUAAGUUGACUCAAUAAUUGAGUGGUAGGACAAGUCAGUCUAAAACGUUGUACAGUAAUCUCUUCGCGAGAGUGAAUGAUUAUAGAGCCUUGCCUGGAAUAAUAAUAAUAAUAAUAAUAAUAAUAAUAAUAAUAAUAAUAAUAAUCACUUCAUUUAAGUGUCCAUGUAUUUAACACUAAUGUGCUAAUUGGGGACACUUUUAAAUAAAUAAACAAAUAUUUCAAAUAUAACAUAAACUAGGAAUGACUAGGAAGUAGGUCGGAUCCUUCCAAACAGGAAUAGAUAUUAGUGACAUAGAACGAAAAAUGGGUUUAUUCUAUAGAAAAUUCGUGGAUACGAUUUUUUACCCGAACGAGUGAGCGCAGCGAACGAGAAAGCUUUCUGAUACACCUCAACAGUGCUUACAUAUUAUGUGCUACAAACAGGCAUUAAACUAACUAAAACAAUUCGAAUCAAGCUCAAACAACCACAACAUCAAAACACUGAGAGAGCUCUCACGGCCAAGCACACUGGGCCCAAGGAACAAGGUUACUGAGCUACAUGCAGAAACAAAUUGACAAAUGUUGAAACUUUAUUUAAAAAAAAAAAAAA